AUGAUCCAACUCACACCAGAUGAAGUGGACAACUGGGGUCGAGCUACAUAUUCAGAGCAAAUGCAUCUUUGGGACAAGAACUCAGGAGUGGCCAACUUCACUUCCAAUUUCUCCUUCAUCAUCUAUUCUCGAGGUAAAGACAAAUAUUCAGAUGGGCUCAUGUUUUUCCUCUCAACCCUUGAUUUCCCUGAUCCUAACCCAACAAAUGGCCCUGGCCUUGGCCUUGUGAGUGGCGUACAAAUGGGACAACGUAAUUUCCUAAAUAAAUAUCAAUUCGUUGCAGUGGAGUUCGCCGAACCUCCACCACACCACACACUGAGUUCGCCGGAGCUGUGCAUGGAGCUUGGAAACAUACCGGAACAGAGACUGAAUUAA